GCCGCGUGCUCCCUCCGGCCCUCUCAAACUUGCCGCGCUAAACAAAAACUUUUUGAAAACCUAAAAUAAUUUUACUGCUAUAUUAUAUGAACAGUAAUGACAAAUGUGUUGCUGAGGAAGAUUCUGAUGGAUCCCUUUGGUUAUACAUAAAGAGGGCACGAGUGUUUGAGUGUCCGUGUGACUGGAAAUAUGCAACAGCCAUGGUCGAUAUAUUUACUAGCAAUUUUCAUGUUAGGAUUGGAUUCGAAACUCGUCGGUCAAGCAUUUCAACCGGAAUUUGCUGAGCCAUUGAUGAAUAUAACGAUACCAGUAGGACGAGAUGCUACAUUCAGAUGCCUUGUACAGAACCUUGGAGGAUACAGGGUAGGCUGGGUUAAAGCUGAUACAAAGGCCAUUCAAGCGAUACAUGUUCAUGUCAUAACCAACAACCAUAGAGUCGCUGUGUCCCACAACGGGCCAACUGUUUGGAAUCUACACAUCCGUAGCGUUCAAGAAGAAGAUAGAGGCCAAUAUAUGUGUCAAAUUAAUACAGACCCAAUGAAAAGCCAGAUAGGUUACUUGGAUGUAGUUGUAUCACCCGACUUCAUAGCGGAAGAAACGUCAGGUGAUAUUAUGGUGCCAGAAGGAGGUACUGCUAGGGUUUCUUGUCGUGCUCGAGGUAUGCCAGAGCCACGAGUCAUGUGGCGGAGGGAAGAUGGAGCUGAUAUCGUUUUGAGAGAGUCCAAUGGCAUCAAAACUAAAGUCGCUGUUUAUGAAGAAGAAGUACUAACUUUAAACAAAAUAUCUCGAUCAGACAUGGGUGCAUAUUUGUGCAUAGCGAGCAACGGCGUCCCGCCUUCUGUGAGCAAGAGAAUCAUCAUAAAAGUUCAUUUUCAUCCCGUAAUUCAAGUUCCAAAUCAGCUGAUCGGAGCACCUCUAGGCACCGAUACUACCCUUGAAUGCUACGUCGAGUCGUCACCGAAAUCCAUAAACUAUUGGGUUCGAGAUUCCAAUGAGAUGGUAAUAUCAUCCAGCAAGUACGAAGUGAUGAACACAGUUAUAAGUUCGUUUGAGAGUCGCAUGGCUUUGACUGUCCGAAGAUUGUCAGAAGAAGAUAUAGGCGGCUACCGGUGCGUUGCGAAGAAUUCUCUGGGCGAAACCGAUAGCCUCAUUAGGAUAUACGAAAUUCUCGGUCCAACAGUCAGAAACACGAGCCCGGUAACGAGGAGAGGAGACCUCAAGUACUCCACUCCCAUAGAAGAUCCCGACGAGCAGUUCGGUUCCGCCGAACGCUCUGACGACGAAGACGAGACCACUGACGUCACAGAUCGGCUUCAGUACCAGACCAGGAAUCGUACAGUACAACACACAACGAAUUCGGCACACGAACAAAAACUAAGCAACAAAGUUAGGAAAAUUAGCAAUAAAUUCGAAAUUAAAUCUGGAUUUGAAACGAACAGCUGUUGCCGCGUACAUUCCUAUAAUUUACAUAUCGCGAUACUAGUUUUAAAGUUUUAUGCUUAUAAUUGA